GGACACAGAUAGAUAGAUAGUUCAACAGAAUGAUUUUUAUUUGUUAAUUGUGUAAAAUUGUCUUAAAUCAUGGCAGCCCCUUAAAUAAUGAAUCAAAAAGGAGAUGAUAAAGAAAUAAAGGUGGAUAUUACGUCCGGUGCAUUCAUUAUAAGGUCUAGUUGAGCGCAUAGUAUUGUGGGAUACAGUACCCAGUCUAAUACGCUUUAGUUGUAUACUGCAUAUUUUCUCAAAUGUAGUAGACCUAGAUACAUUUUCUAGAUAAAUUUAAAUCCAGAUCAUUUGCAUACUGUUCACAGUGUUCAUCUGUAUAUACAGUAUACUGCACAUGUUGUAGGCUCAGAGCAGUGUGGUGGUGAGCUAUUCCGAAUGUAGCCUCAUUUAUUUAAAGAUACUUUGCUGCCACCUAGUGUUGAAUCUGGAUGUUGUUUUAUGUAGGCCUGAUUCACCGUUAGCCAAUCAUGCAGAGGUCGCUAAUGAGCUGCUGUUGAUUAAUGAGAAGCUGAUGAGUUUGAGUCAAAUCUGCAGAGAGGAAAGGACAGCAUGGCUUCAGUUCAAGAUAAAGUUGCUGCAUUUAAUAUUGUGGGGAAAUUAUACAGUCCCAUGAACCGACCUCUCGAACACAGAUUGAUCAGCAGACCUCAAGAUGAACAAACCAACAAGGUUCAAAACAAAGAAAUCUGGAGCCACAUCAUCACUGUUCUACAGGCUCAAGUGAAGGUCAAGAAACGCAGGCAACAUCUGAAAUCUCACGAUAACUGCUUUCUGGGCUCGGAUGCAGUGGAUGUCAUCCAGGCUUAUCUUACUCAGAAUCAGGUUCUCGGAGAUUCCCUGGUCUCCAGAGCCAUGGUGGCACGCCUGUGCCAGGUGCUGCUGGACUGUAAAGUGUUCGAGGCGGUGGGAACCAAAGUUCUGGGGAAGAUCAGUAAACCAGGAGUCUUCCAGGACAGCAGCAGCAGCCUCUACAGAUUCCUGAACGUGGAGGAUCCGUCCCUGGACAUGCUUGAAAUGGCGCUUCUCCCUCCCAGUGAAGAGAGCUUGAUGAACAUCACACCAUGCAGGCAGGACAUCAUGUUAUUCUCUCAUAGCACACCUGUGAAGCCAAGCCAGGCAUUGGAUCGCCUCAUGGAGAAGCUGGACUUGACAGGACUUGUCGGUUCUCCUCCCAAUGAAUAUCUUCCACCAUCUGUGGUCAGAGAAGUGUGGCACGAGCAGACGGUACGGAAGCUGUCACAGCUGAUAGAUCUCCCCCUGCUGGAGGGGGUGCUGAACUGCGCAAAGAUUGUGUCUCCCCCAUCCCGUGGCAGUGAUAAUGAGCCUGACCUGCUCUACACCAGCAACUACCUCGAUCGAGAGGUUCUGAAGGCCUUCAAAGAAUCACAAGCUGAUGUUUGGUUAUCAGCAGCCAUAGACCUGCUGGAUUUCCUUCCAGAUCAGCUGGUGGUGGAGGUGAGCAGAGAGCUGCCCACAUUGUCCUAUGAGGAAGAGGAUGGCCAGGUCAGACCCUCAGGCCAUGAUGAAUGUAAAUUACUGCUGUUUCAUGUACUGGACAAACACUACGGACACAUGGACCGCAAGCCUCUCCUCUGUGACAGCAUGACAGACGUCUACACCGAGAUCAUGGAACUCCUGGUGAAAGGGAAGUUUGAACAAGCUUUGGAAGUUCUGCAGCUGACGCUGAAGCUGCUGUCUGCGUCUGCACGCGAGGAACUGCGCAGACUGCUGGAGUUUAUGGCAGCAUCUGCAGACGCUGCGAAUGUCCGCCUGCACAAAGAAAUUGAAAACCGGGUGGUUGUGAAGAAGACAUUCUCCAGAGCCAUCAUCCAGAGCAAGAGUCUGACGAAAGAAAAGAUGGACCUGCUGAUGCUCUUCAUGCUCGACAACCACCAGGAGAUCUUCAAGAUUCCAGGUUCUCUUCACAAACUGGUCAGUGAGAAACUGGAUGAUAUUGUGAAACACAGAGAUUCUGUGACUACCGACACCCCACUUUGUCAGCGACUGCCAAGAGACGCAUACUCAGAGACUAUAAAGGACGUGACUAAAAACGAGCUGUACUCUCUCCUGAAAAACAUUGACGAAAACACCAAAUAUUCCCUGAAAGAGAAGAAGCGACUCCUGGCACAGUUUUAUAAGGGACAUCCGGACAUCUUCACGCAGUAUUUUGGGUCUAGACUGAGCACACUAAACCUUCUUGAAGUUUAAGUUCACUGUGUGCUGUAAAUGCUUUUUGUGAAUGUCUUUAUCCAAAUAAAUCAAAAUAAACACAUUUAAGUGUCAAAUAAGAACUGA